AUGGAGUCAAAAGCAGUUGUCAUGCGAUGGAUACCUGGAAAGAAGGGCGAGGUCUACUAUCCUAUCGAGUUCGCCACAUUGAGAGUUCCAAAACCAGAAGGCAGCGACGUCCUUGUCAGACUGUCUGCUGCAGCACUCAAUCAUCGCGACUUUUUCUUACGACAGGACUUGUAUCCCAUGCCACAAUUCGGCAUGGCAUUAGGAUCGGAUGGCGUGGGCAUGGUGGUCGACAUUGGACCCAAUGCCUCAGGACUUUGGAUGAACCGAAGAGUCAUCGUGAACCCAGGUCAGGGCUGGGUCAGUGAUCCCGAAGCCCCAGAAUCAGCCAAGGGAUACCUCACCCUAGGUGCGAGUCCCGCUGGGACUGGCACGAUGCAACAGUAUAUGCUUGUGGAUCAAGCCGACGUUGUGAGCUGCCCGGAACAUCUGACAGACGCCGAGGCUGCCGCCAUGCCUGCAGCGGGCUUGACUGCUUGGAGAGCUUUGAUGGUCCGCUCGAAGAACGCCUUCCCAGGGAGGAAUAUUCUUAUUACUGGUAUUGGUGGUGGUGUAGCGCUAUUUGUGUUGAAAUUUGCACUUGCAGCGGGAUGCAAUGUGUAUGUAACCUCAAGCAGUGUCGAAAAGCUACGCAGAGCGAAGGAGCUGGGAGCGGCUGGCGGGGUCCUGUAUACCGAACCAGAUUGGGAAUCGAAAUUGGCGUCACUCUUGCCACAAGACAGGAAGCAGUUCGAUGCUAUAAUUGAUGGUGCUGGUGGUAACAUUGUGAAAUCAGCAGCAAGACUUCUUAGAAAUAACGGUACGAUUGUGGCAUAUGGUAUGACCGUGAGCCCUACGAUGCCGUUCACCAUGAAAGCAUUGAUAGAGAACAUUCAAUUGGUUGGCACGACAAUGGGGUCGAGAAAAGACUUCUUCGACAUGGUCGAAUUAGUACGCACCCAGAGAAUCAGACCGAUAGUUUCCCAUGUUGUGUACGGUAUGAACAAUCUCGAUGAGAUUGAAUGGCUGUUUAGACUGUUACAAGAGGGUUCACAGUUUGGGAAACUCGUACUUCAGAUUCGAGAAAGUUCAAAGACGAGUAAUCUAUGA